GACCAACCGUAAGAUCAUCCACUAUCCACCAUUCAUUCACCUUCCACUCUUAGGACUCUUAUGAUAUCUUUUUUACAGUACCUACCUCUAAGGUACCUACACCCAGGUCAAGGUAUCUAUACCUAACCUAACUUGAACAAUAACUACGACAACUGUUAUGAAGUCUGCAAGAUACUCUACUUCCCGACAAAAAGCUUGCCAACCAUGUUUUACCGCAAAGGCUAAAUGCGAUCGCAAGGCAGGUUGUUGUACUAGAUGCGCUUUGCGAGGUAUAUCCUGUUCUUAUCCCCAGACAUCAUACAACUCCUUUGCCGACACGAGCCUUCUAUCUGCUCCAGGUCAGGAACCCGAAAUAUCAGUUGGAGCUGAUUCUCAACAUCUCAGUUCUCAGAGUUCUACGUCUCCGAGCACCACAUCUCAGAAUUUAACUGUUGGUUUGGCGCAGGCCGCAGGUAGCGCAAGCCCAACUAACACUUCUUCUACUACAUUUGUCGCAAGCCAGACGCCGGACGAGUCCUCACUAGGCAUUGUGGGCUGUCCACCUAGGAACUUGGAUGCGCUUGACUUUUCAGGCUUGGAACUAUUUAGCCCUAUCAAUGUGGAUGGCAUCAGGGAUCGUUGGUUAAACACUUAUAUUCCAGUCCCCGGCCAAACAGUGAAGGAAUAUCCCGCCUCCAUCUCCGCCUUUAUCUAUAGGCUUCUAAAGUCUUAUGCAACUGUUAUCGUACGCGGCCGUGGAGUGCCCCCGUUCAUACAUGCCUCUCAAAUUUCAGCAUCCUCGGCAAGGCUACCGCUUUCUACGUGUCUUAGUUUAGUUCGGAUUUGCGAGAAUCCGUUGCCGGGCAGUGAGGGCGUUGCUGCCGACGUGCUACAAAGGGAGAUGAUCAAUAUUUGCGAACAACAAGCUACAUAUGACGACGUUACUCUGUUAGCAGCUUUCCAAGCCUAUCUCAUCUACUCGAUGGUUUUGUUCUUCAGGCUUGGUCAAGUUUCGAGUUCCUUCCUUCGACAAGCGAUGAUGAAUCUCCAAGAGCUUGCCUGUUCAAGUAGCCGAGGAGGGCUUAUGUGCACAGCUGAGCGGCAGCGUGUUCGUCCUCGAUGGGAAGCUUGGAUUGUGGCCGAGUCAAAGCGGCGGGCAUUAUUCACAAUGUACCUUUUCGACAGCGUCCUCUUGACUCAGGACGGCCUUCAGACUUUUCUUGGCACUGAACUACGGGGGCUACCUGCUUCAGCAGACAAAUCUUUAUGGAGGUCACAGGUACGACGGGACUGGGAAGCUGCAUACAACAUAUAUUUGGCGGAUUGGCCGGAGGAAAGCUUUCGUAUUGACGAACUAUGGGCGAUUCCUCCAGAGCUAGACGAGCUUGGUAUUCUUGAAAGACGCAGAAGAGUAGACCGUUGGCUGGAGAAUGUUGAUGAAUUUGGUACAGUGCUUUAUGCGGUAGCUAGCUGCACACAUGGCGGUUGAUCUUCCUCGUACCACCAAAUCAUAGACUCUGAAGGACUUAAUAUGCGUCUGCAAACACGCCAGGUAUACCUAAUGUAACAGUCUCAGUUGAUAACAGGACCGCAGUCCACCAAACUCCGCUCUACAGCUCUCAAAGCCGAAUCGACAGAAAUUACCCUCAAGUUCAUUUUCGAUAACGUAAAUAUUAUAGUCGA